AUGUCACAGGCGAUCUUCGCUGCAGUAUCAUUAUUUCACUUCAAGUGGGAUGCCACGAAUACGAUGUGCAUACGGAUCAUUCUCCCUGAUACUGACAAGCCUAAUUAA